CACCCAUCCGCUGUCCCCCCGCUUGCCAUGUCUUUUGCGCCCAUUCAGACUGCUGUCCUCGGUGUCGGCCUCGGUGGUCUCACCUUCCACAUCCCCUUCGUGCUCGCUUUACCGCAGUACUUCACCCUCCGCGCCGUCCUCGAGCGCAAUCCCGCCCAGCCCGGAGGCAAACUUGCCGCCCGCUUCGGGCCCGAGGCGGCGAAGGGCGUCACCGUCUACCGGACCUAUGAAGAGGUCCUCGCCGACUCGGAGAUCGAGCUUAUUGUCAUCAGCACGCCCAGCGAGACACAUUACGCCCUCGCGAAGCAAGCUUUAGAGGCAGGGAAACACGUGCUGGUGGACAAGCCUGUAACAGCGUCCGCAAAGGAUGCGUACGAGCUCGGCGAUCUUGCGAGGGCCAAGCAGCGCAUCCUCUACCCCUUCCAGAACCGCCGCUGGGACUCCGACUUCCUCACCCUCCGCAAGCUCCUCAAUCUUCCCCCGUCAGAUCCCAGAUCUCUCGGCACCCUCGUUGAGUUCGAGUCUCGCUUCGACCGCUACCGCACGGUGCUCAAGAACACAUGGAAGGACCUGCCCAUCCCCGCCAACGGCCUCACCUACGACCUUGGUGCCCACCUCAUUGACCAGGCCCUGGUCCUCUUCGGCCGCCCGCAAAAGAUCACGGCAUUCGUCGAGAACGUCCGGGGGAUCGGGCACAAGGACGUCGACGACGCCUUCACCAUUGUGCUGCAUUACCCGCCUCGAGACGCGACCACGAGUCUGCAGCCGACGUCGUUCACUGUCAUACUCCGCUCGCAGUUCCUGUCCGUACGUUCUACCCAGGUCCGCUAUGUCGCGCGAGGCAUCCAGGGCACGUACACGAAAUAUGGGAUUGACGCACAAGAGGAGCAGCUGAAGGCGAUGUCCAGCCCCAGCGAGAUUAUGCAGUCGCCAGAGUAUGGCCGGGAGCCCGAGGCGCUCUGGGGGAAAGUGGAGAACCUUACGGAGAUGGGCGAGGUCGUGACAUCGACCUGGCCCUCUGUCGAAAAGGGAAAUUAUGCGAAUCUCUUCGUGAAUCUUGCAGAGACGAUCCGAGAUGGGAAGGAACAGACAAUAAAGUGGGAAGAGUCGGCCACGGUCAUCGAAGUAAUUGAACUGGCAUAUCAAAGCGCAAGGAAAGAGCGCACGGUCGCAGUUCCUCCGCAAGAAUGAGAGAACGCAACAGCUGGAAGUAUGAGUCGCAUGUAGGUUUUUUCUGUAUUGAGUUGGCAGACAUGGUGUACACUCAAAAUAAACGCAUUUUGUCUUCCCUUCC